AACUCUCUAGCGCGUUUCGAACACGAGUACAAGCGGCAUCAUGAUUACUGUCUUUCUCUCUACGUUUCAACUCGGCUCUUGCCUGGAUGGUUGAUAUUAUUUUCCAAGUAAUUAAUUUUUAGUUUUUAGGGACUACGCCAUGGCUCUAUCUACAGCUCGGCCGUUAGUUUCUGUAUACAAUGAGAAAAAUGAGGAAACUGGAGAAACUGUUGCUCUCUCUUCAGUGUUUAGGGCACCAAUCCGCCCAGACGUUGUCACUUUCGUUCACAACGAAGUUUCGAAAAACAGCAGACAACCUUAUGCUGUGAGCAAAUUAGCUGGUCAUCAAACCAGUGCUGAAUCAUGGGGUACUGGACGUGCUGUUGCUCGUAUACCUCGUGUCCGAGGUGGUGGUACCCAUCGCAGUGGUCAAGGUGCGUUCGGUAACAUGUGUCGAGGUGGACGUAUGUUUGCACCAACUCGUGUAUGGCGUCGUUGGCACAGGAAAGUUAAUGUUACACAGAAACGGUAUGCAACAGUAUCGGCUAUUGCUGCUUCAGGUGUGCCUGCCCUCGUGAUGUCUAAAGGCCAUUUGGUUCAGGAGGUCCCUGAAUUCCCCUUGGUUGUAUCUGACAAAAUUCAAGAAUACACCAAGACGAAGCAAGCUACAAUUUUUUUGCACCGUAUCAAGGCUUGGAAAGAUAUUCAAAAGGUAAUCAAAUCUCGUCGUUUACGUGCCGGCAAAGGCAAGAUGCGUAAUCGCCGUCAUGUUCAACGUAAAGGCCCAUUAAUAGUCUACAGUAAAGAUCAAGGACUUAGGAAAGCUUUCCGGAACAUUCCUGGUGUAGAUUUGAUCAACAUCAGGAAAUUAAAUUUGUUACAAUUGGCUCCUGGUGGUCAUGUUGGACGUUUCAUCAUCUGGACUCAAUCUGCUUUCCAAAAGUUGGAUGAUUUGUACGGAACAUGGGAUAAAAAAGCAACUUUGAAAAGCGGUUACAAUCUUCCAUUCCCCAAAAUGUCGAACACAGAUUUAACUAGGAUUUUCAAAUCUGAUGAACUCAAGAAAUACUUACCACCGAAGAGAACUGGUUCUCUACGUCGUACACGCAAGUUGAAUCCGUUGAAACAUGUGCGAACUAUGUUGAGAUUGAAUCCUUACAUUUGCGUCCAGAAACGUGUGGCUAGUAAGGAAAACAAACUGAGGCAAUUAGCUCGUGAAACUUACUUGGCAAAGAAAGAAGGCAAACCAACAACUGAAAAGGGUGAAAAAGUAUUAAAACGUUUCAUCAAUGAAAAGAAAUUGUUGAAGGCAGCCAAGAUCAAGGCAAAGAAGGUGAUUGCUGUCAAAGGCUUGCGAGACAUUCAUGAAAAGAAACUAGAAGCAUACAGGAAGCGACUUGCUGCACGUGGAGGUGCUCCACCGACGAAGAGGUCAAAGAAAAAUUUGCCCAAACCAAAACCUAAGACAAAAGAUGCAUCUAAGCAAAAACCCAAGGCAGGAAAGGCAAAGGCUGCAACAGAAAAGCCAAAGGCUGCUGCUAAAGCUAAACCUUCAGCGCCUAAAACGAGUACUAAAUGAAAGGACUAAUAAAACAAUAUUAUAUA